AUGGAGCGCUCUCACACUCACUGCGAAGAUGCCGAGAUCAAAAGUGCCGACGAUGCCUCAUCUCCAAUCACCUCAUUUGGUUUGCCAUUUAUUCAAGAUGGGGCUUCCUCUAAAGAUAUUUGCAAACACCCUGAUUACGAACACAUGCACGGUUUACUAAUAAGCCCAACUUCCUUUCAGUUGAUCGAGGGCAUGAUUCCUGUGCUCUCCACUGGGUCUCUGUCUACCAUGGGCGGCGUUUUGUUUCCAAGCCCAGCAUACACUGAGUCAGAGUUUAUAUACAACGACACCCACGACCCAGACUGGUCUGAGAAACAUAAUAACGUUUACUGGGCCGGCUCUACAUCUGGUGCAUUUGCUACAGACUCACACUGGAAGGAUUAUCACAGACACCGAUUCGUAAGUCUGGUUCAGAUGUUGGAUAAGAAAGAGUAUACAUAUCUCGCUGAUAAUCGCGGACUUGUACAACGGGUGGCGUCUUCGUUUCUGAAUAGUCGGCUAUUUGACGUUGCCUUCACCAAGAUUUACCAAUGCGCAAAGGUGGCGUGCCAUGAGCAGUCCUUUUUCUACCGCUUAAAAGCCUGGGCGGAUAAGGAUGCAGCGUUUCAGUCGAGGUUGACGUUUGAUCUUGACGGUAACGGCAUCAGUGGCCGAUGGUACAAAAUGGUGGCUUCUAAAUCAGCGCCGUUGAAGCAAACUAUUAUCCGUGAGUGGCAUGACGAUCGCCUCUUACCGUGGGUACAUUUUAUCCCAGUCAGCCUCGGCAUGGAAGAGCUGCCCGAGCUGGUUAUGUAUUUGACCUCUACGGAAAAAGGUCAGCAGAUGGCGAAGGAAAUUGCAGAUCGUGGCAGAUCGUGGUAUUCUCACGCCUUGAGAGACGUGGAUAUGAGUGUGUAUGUAUAUCGCCUGCUACUUGAGUUGGCGAGAUUGCAGGACUCUGAGAGAGAAGCGUCCUUGAAAUCUAGCCUAUAA